AUGGAAGAAGACGGGCCAUCGGGAAACUCAAGUGGUAUGGGACCGUGGAAGCAAAAUCUCUACCUUUUACAAGAACGGGCUCCAAAACCGAAGGCGGUCCUCUGCAAACAUCACAUCGAAAAUCGCCCGCGACAUUAUGGAAAUGAGUUUCAUGGGCUUAUUGACAGAACAGAGGCAGAGAGAAUGCUUCUAGAAGCUGGAGAAGGCGCAUAUCUUGUCCGUGAGUCAACAAGAUCAAAAGAUGCUUAUACACUUUGCAUGGUCUUCGACAAAAAAGUUCUCAAUUACAAACUAUACUAUGACGGUGCAUACUAUGUAGGAGAGAAAAGAUUCGACACAAUGGACUUGUUGGUUGCUGACGGUCUGAUUUCGAUGUAUGUUGAUUUGCACGCGUCGGAUUAUAUUAAACGAAUGGCAGACGAAGCGAUUUAUGAGGACAGCCCAUACUCUCGAUAUACAAGUGCGACGACUGAUAUUGCAAGAAGACCAGUGACCAGGGCUCACAAUUUCGUGCCGUAUACGUUCAAAGCGCCGCACUAUUGUGAUUAUUGUAGAAAUUUCUUGUGGGGUCUUGUUCAUCAGGGCCAAAGAUGCGAAGAUUGUGGGUUCGCUGCUCAUAAGAAAUGUUCCGAAAAGACACUUCACGAUUGUCGGCCUGAAGCGAAAUACGUCAAACGCAUGUUUUCCGUUGACAUCACCACGCUUUGUCUUGCUCACGGGACCGAUAUACCGCCGGUGGUAACUCAAUGCAUUGCCGAGGUGGAACGUCGCGGAUUGCACGUGGAAGGCAUCUACCGGGUAUCUGGUUCAUAUGAGCAUAUCGAAAAGCUUCGUCUUCAAUAUGAUGCGAAUCAGAGCGUAGAUCUUUCUGCGGUUGCCGAUAUUCACACUGUCUGUGGACUUUUGAAGUCUUAUUUUCGCCUUUUACCCCAACAAUUGAUUCCGUUCAGUGUUCAUAAAGAAUUACUAGCGGUUUACACAGAGACGAGUAUGAGGCCUGUGCAUGACCGUAUUCGAGCGAUAAGGAAAGCUAUGCUAGAGCUCUCUGAUGCCAAUAUUAUUACGCUUGGGGCCAUCUUAUCUCAUCUGAAAAAGGUUGCUGAAAAUAGUGCCAAGAACAAAAUGACAGUGGAGAAUCUUGCCACGAUCUUCUCGCCAACUUUAUUCUGCUCUGGUGCAAUUCCAGCGAUGCCCAAUCACCAGCUUCUCCAUUUUCUUAUUUCGAAUCCCCAGAGUUUAACACCAUGCAUAACUGGACGGAUAGAAGAAGAGGGCGAAGAUGAAGAAGAAUACGAGCAAAAUUAUGAGAUUCAGAGGCCUGAGAGGCCAGGAGAAACGUCGUCAAACCAUGGAUCUCGUCGCACAUCCGCAUGCACUGCAGAUGAUGAGGAUGACUUUGGUCCAAUUGAGGAAGUCGACGAAGAACCUGUCAUCCGAAAUGGUUUUAAUGGAAAUACUCAACCUUCAACCGAUCGAUAUGGUUUCUUUUUGAAUCGUGCUGGUGGAUUUUUACAAGAACACGCAAUAGAACCCGAACGAUUACGGAAACGCGAGAAAAAAUGGAUACAAAUGCUUGAUAACUGGCGAUAUUUCAUGGAUGAACGGUUUGAGGUGAUUCGAAAUCGAUGUCGAAAAGGGAUUCCGCCAUCGUUACGAGGAAGAGCUUGGAAAUAUUUAUGUGGAGCUAUGUACCAAAUGGAAGUCUCUUCGAAUCGUUUUGUUUUUGAAUAUUGCGUUAAACAAGCCGGCGAUCCAAAAUGGAUUGACGAUAUUCAAAAAGAUUUGAACAGACAAUUUCCUGAACACGAAAUGUUCGCGCGUGAGGGAAAAUAUGGCGAUGGAGGAAAAGAUGAUUUAUUUAAUUUGCUGAAGGCAUGGACCGUUCUCCACCCAGAAGAGGGGUACUGUCAGGGUCAGGCUCCAGUUGCUGCAGUUCUACUCAUGCAUAUGCCAGUGCGUGACGCCUUCUAUUGUUUUGUUCAAAUUUGUCACAAAUAUCUUCCUGGUUACUAUAGUGCUGGACUAGAAGCUGUUCAGGUGGAUGGGGAUAUUCUAAACAAAUUGCUCAAAGAAAAAUCCAAACUUACUUAUAAGCAUUUUAAAAAGAAUAAUGUAGAUCCAAUAUUAUAUAUGGUAGAAUGGUUCAUGUGCAUAUUUUGUCGAUCUUUGCCCUGGCCGACGGUCCUUCGUGUUUGGGAUAUGUUCCUUUGUGAAGGCGUGAAAAUUCUAUUUAAAGUCGCUUUGGUAUUGCUGAAAUAUGGAAUUGGGACCCCAAAACAAAUCAAGGAUUAUCCCGAUUUGCAUUCCAUCGUCACUCGACUCAAAAACUUGCCACCAAUGAUUACUAGCGAAGAAUUUUUAGUUGAGAAAGUUUGCGAGAUGACCCUUAAUGAUGCGGACCUUGAGAAAUUCCAUUUUACUGCAAUGAAGCUUCGGCAGAUGCGUUUUAGUUGA